GGGAGGCGGGGCUGCUGCGGCCGCCUGUGUGUGCGUGUCUCGGCGGCCUCAGACCUCGCAGACGCUCCGGGAACAUGGCGGCGGCAGAGCCAGCUGUCCCGACGCUCUCCAACAGCGGCGGCGUGGGCGCGGGGACGCCGUCGGGCACAGUCCCCGUACUCUUCUGCUUCUCAGUUUUCGCGCGGCCCUCGUCGGUGCCGCACGGCGCGGGCUACGAGCUGCUCAUCCAGAAGUUCCUCAGCCUGUACGGCGACCAGAUCGACAUGCACCGCAAAUUCGUGGUGCAACUCUUUGCGGAGGAAUGGGGCCAGUACGUUGACCUGCCCAAGGGCUUCGCGGUGAGCGAGCGCUGCAAGGUGCGCCUCGUGCCAUUGCAGAUUCAGCUCACUACCCUGGGAAAUCUUACCCCUUCAAGCACUGUGUUUUUCUGCUGUGAUAUGCAGGAAAGGUUCAGGCCAGCCAUCAAGUAUUUUGGGGAUAUUAUUAGUGUGGGACAAAGAUUGUUGCAAGGAGCCCGGAUUUUAGGAAUUCCAGUUAUUGUAACAGAACAGUACCCUAAAGGUCUUGGAAGCACUGUUCAAGAAAUCGAUUUAACUGGUGUAAAACUGGUACUUCCAAAGACCAAGUUUUCAAUGGUACUACCAGAAGUAGAAGCAGCCUUAGCAGAGAUUCCUGGAGUCAGGAGUGUUGUAUUAUUUGGAGUCGAAACUCACGUGUGCAUCCAGCAAACUGCUCUGGAGCUAGUUGGCCGAGGCAUUGAGGUUCAUAUUGUCGCUGAUGCCACUUCAUCGAGAAGCAUGAUGGACAGGAUGUUUGCUCUUGAGCGUCUUGCUCGGACUGGGAUCAUAGUUACCACAAGUGAGGCUGUUCUGCUACAGCUGGUGGCUGAUAAAGAUCAUCCAAAAUUCAAGGAAGUUCAGAAUCUAAUUAAGGCGAGUGCUCCAGAAUCUGGUCUGCUUUCCAAAGUGUAGGACGUUCAAAGGACCGGUUUGUUAUUGACCAUCAGGAAGGACAGGGCAGUAAGCCCAGAAAAGCUCUUGUCUCUACUAGAACUAAAAUACUAAGUCAAAAAUUGGCUCCUUUGCAUCUGUUAGUGAAACUUAGGUGGCUAAACCAUUCGGGUACCAGCAUUUAGUUACAAAUGUCAAAGGCUUCAGGUGCUGCUUAACCUCAUUUUUGUUAAUGUGCUUCUAUUUAUUUAAAAAAAAUUACAAUGGAGGUGUGUGUUUUGUUGCCACUGUAUACACGAAUGAUAACUUUCUGAAGUGCACACUCUUGUAAAGUUUUCUUAAUUGUGUGCUUUAAAGAAAAAAAAUGUACCCGUAAUGGUUUGGCAUUUAUAUUUAUCAUUAAGAUGUACGUUAUAAUAUUGAUGUGGAUUCAGUGCUUUCACUUUAUAGGUUGAUUGAAAUAUAAUUGUAUGAGAAAUUAAAAACAGGUCUCUGAUUAUACCUCCUUUCAUCAUAAUAUUGUUGACUUACGAGUUGCAUUGUGCUAACCAAACCAAAUUGCAUUGAAUAAUUAUAUCUCUUUCUUAACUAUGCUAAUUUUCUUGGUCUAGUUGCAAUUACUAAUUCUAUAUUAAAGUUCUCUUCUUUAGCUUAAUAUUUUACCUAGAAAGACUCAUUGGGUCAUUGCCUAUUUUAAUUUUAUAAAUGAAUGGAAUAUAAUUAGUGAAGGGCUGUUUAACGUUUUCGAAGUAUGACUUUAGCUGAAUAUCUUUCAACCCUCUUGAAUACAUCUUCACAUUUCCAGCUAAAAGAUAAAGGACUGGAUGAAAUGUAGUUUUAAAAUAUCUAUAUUCUACUUUAUAUUUUCUCUACCCACCCUCCAAAUAUUACUGUGAAUGCAAAAGCCAUCAGUCUUGAUUUGGUAUUAUUAAUUUUGUAGCUAUUGCUACCCUUCAGUACAUUUGUUAUUUUCAUUAAAUACUUAUUAGAGGGUUUUUAAACUUUUUUGUUUUUCAAAAUAUUGUGUAAAACAUGGAACAUUGCUGUCUUUUAUAUUAAAGUAAUUAAAAAAUG